GUUUUUCUUAAAGAUUGAUCUUUAUGUUAUUUAAUUGUUUUUUGAUUGAAAAACUUAACAUAUAUAAAGUUUUGUGGAUAUCUACAUAUUUAUAAAGUUGAAUUAUUUAUUAAACAAAGAAAAUCAAUUAUUAAAGGAUAUUUAUUGUGGCGUGAAUGUGUAAAGUUUAUGGAGUACAUUUGUGUCUAUGAGAAUCUUCUAAAUUAAACCAAAGAACCACAACCAAAGACAGAAGGAUUAUUGAGCUGGUUUGGAAUUUACCAAUAAAAUCGAAUUAAAAUGAUGUCUUUUUCAAAAGCCAAGUUGAAGAGAUUCAACGAUAUUACAGACUUCUCAUCACCAUUCGUAAAAGAUAAAGAUAAGAAGAAGGAUAAAGAUAAGCAUACAGAAGACAAAAAGAAAGCAAAAGACCUAUUUCGUGAUGACAAUGCCAUCGAAACAACAGACAAGAAAUCUAAAAUGCGAUUAUUUCGUACGCCAUCACUUCCAUAUCGUUUGAAAUUCAGACAAGUUUCGGAUUUAACACCAUCAAAAAAGAGCUCAAAAAAGGCGGCAGCAGCAGAGCAACCAGCAGAAAUACAGACACCAGCAUCUUCAACAGCCGUUACACCACAAAAGGCACCCCAUUUUUCAAUGCUAUUUCGUAAAUCAGAACGGAAUUUGCUAGAGAAAAAAUCGAGGGAUGAAAAGUACAUUGAAAAAUUGAAACUUGACAUUGAGAAAUUGAACAAGCAAAUCAAGGAUUUGGAAUUGCAGAAUGUUGAAAAAAUUUAUCAAAUUAAUGACUUAAAUUUUGAGAUUGAAGGCAUGAAGACUGCUGAAGAGUUUCUUGAAAAAACAGCAAUGCAAGCUAUUGACAAGAUAAAUAAAUCAGACGAAAAGGUUAAAGAAAUUCUGCAGAAUCAUGAUGUUCUGCUUCAUCAUAUGGACCGAAUGAGUAGCGAAAAUGAAAGUCUUCUUGGACUUAAUGAGAAAUUGACAAAAUCGAAUGAUGAAUUUAUAAAAAUUAACGAAGAAAGAAUUAAGGAAAUGGAAAAAAUUCUCACAGCAAAAUGUGAGGAACUGCACAGACUUAAGUACAGACUGCACGAGAAGAACAAUAUCAUUCGGAAUUUUGAAUUCGAACUUGGCAAGAAGACAGUCGAGAAUCUUGAAUUGAGUACGAAACUUGAAAAGUCUGAAGAAAAUUCAAAGAUUUUUGAAGUUCAGCAUGAAGGAAAUUUGAAAAUGCUUAAAAAUUCUUAUGAAAAUGAAAUUUUCUUCCUUAAUUCACAACUCACAAAAGUUCAAACUCAAUUAGUUAAACUAAGCAAGUCACAGAAAAAGAUCCAGUCAAUGGAUCUUGAGUCACAAAUUGAUUUUGAGAAUCAAAAGACAAAGUUUGAGAUUGAGAAGCGGAACUACGAUAUUACAAUUAAGAACUAUCAAAACAUUAUUGAAGUUAUUUCACUUCGUUUGAAGAAGUCAGACACAGAUGUUGAGUAUGUGAUGAAGGAGAAUGCUCAACUUAAAAUUGAAAAUAAGGAACUACGAACAAAUUAUGAAAAUUUAAGAAGUUCAGCAGAGAAUUUAAAGAAAAGUUUUGAUGACAAGAACAAGUUUGUUGAGCAAUUAAUGUCAACAUCUGAAUCGGAAAUGAUUACAAUGGUCGGAAAGAUGAAUGACUAUUUUAAUGAAAAGUUCUUUGAAAUUGCUGAACUCAAAAAGAGUUUUGACAUUCGUGAUAAGAAUUUAAAGAAAAUGACAUCAACAGUUCUCGAAGAAUAUACAAUUGGAAUUGAAUUGGCACGUAUUGAACUUGAUGAGAAGCAAAAGAAACUCACAGAGUACGAGAAUGAGAUAAAAUCUAUUAAAUUUGAGAAUCUUCAACUCAAAAUGAAACUAAGUGAAGGCAUGGGAACUGCACGAUCUCUUUCGUCAACAACAUUGGCAACAAUUGAAGAGGAAACAGCAACAGAUGACGAAAAAAAGAACAUUCAGGAAAGAGAAGAAGAAAAUUUGCAGUUGAAAUUGAAGUUGAAAGAACUUGACAGAAAAUUCAAUGAAUUUGAGAAUGCAGCAAUUGAACGUGAGAAAGAUUACAAACAAAUAAUUGAGCAACAGAGAAUGGAUGCCGAACAAAUGAAGGGAUUUGAGAAGCUGAAAGAAGCAAACUUGGAUUUGAGAGCUAAAAUUCAAAAGCUACAAGACAAUUAUCAGUUCCUUGACAGCCCAAACAAGACACCAACAAAGCGCGCACUCCUGCUUGGCAAAGAGAAUCAGUCACCAAUUUUUACGAAUCAAUCACGGCUCUUCGAAAACAGUCCCAAGAAUGCUUUAAAGCCGAGAAAUUAAUCUUUUUGAAAUGUAUUGGAGUUAUUGUACUUGAAAUAUUCUUUAAUUUAAAAUCGAUAAAUUUUUGAAAUUUAAAUUUUUAAAUAAAUUUUCUUUAUUA